GAGCAGAAGGCUCCCCUUACAGGGUUGGAAAUGCAGAUGUGGCAUGCGGGAGAUUCAAGGUCCAUGUCUUCACCCUUGCCCUUCCCUUCGUCCACCUCUUCCGGGCCUUCGCCACUGGUAAUCCAGCAGUAGCCGCAAACUGAAUUUCAGUUCUCCCGUAGGACUCAAUUCUUUGUUUCAGAAAAUAUGUGGAAAAACAUUUUCUGCAUAACAAAGCAACUUCGUGUUUCAUUUUAACUCCAUAAUCACAGAUCUAUGUUACUCUAGGCAUAUUUUGCAGUGAACGCAUUUGCGUACUAUUUUCUCCAUUUCUGUUUGUUAUUUUGCAGGUCGAGUUGGGGGUGAGAAAGCAUAGAGCUGUUAAUUUAUAGUUUAUUAGUGGGAAACAAAACAUGACAGAAACAGAUGCCUUCUAUGAAAGAGAAAUAUUUGAUCCGGCAGAAAAGUACAAAAUGGACCACAGGAGGAGAGGAAUUGCUUUAAUCUUCAAUCAUGAGAGGUUCCUUUGGCACUUAACACUGCCAGAUAGGCGGGGCACCAGCGCCGACAGAGACAAUCUUACCCGCAGGUUUUCAGAUCUAGGAUUUGAAGUGAAAUGCUUUAACGAUCUUAAAGCAGAAGAACUACUGCUCAGAAUUCAUGAGGUGUCAACCUCUAGCCACACAGAUGCCGAUUGCUUUAUGUGUGUCUUCCUGAGCCAUGGCGAAGGCAAUCACGUUUAUGCAUAUGAUGCUAAAAUUGAAAUUCAGACAUUAACUGGCUUGUUCAAAGGAGACAAGUGUCGGAGCCUUGUUGGAAAACCCAAGAUAUUUAUCAUUCAGGCAUGUCGAGGAAACCAGCACGAUGUACCGGUCAUUCCUUUGGAUGUCGUAGAUAAUCAGACAGACAAGCUGGACACCAACGUGACUGAGGUGGAUGCAGCCUCCGUUUACACACUGCCUGCUGGAGCAGACUUCCUCAUGUGUUACUCUGUUGCAGAAGGAUAUUAUUCUCACCGGGAAACGAUCAAUGGCUCAUGGUACAUUCAAGAUUUGUGUGAGAUGUUGGGAAAAUAUGGCUCUUCCUUAGAGUUCACAGAACUCCUCACACUGGUGAACAGGAAAGUUUCUCAGCGCCGUGUGGACUUCUGCAAAGACCCAAGUGCGAUUGGGAAGAAGCAGGUUCCUUGCUUUGCCUCAAUGCUAACUAAAAAGCUGCAUUUCUUUCCAAAGUCUAAUUAAUAGGGGUGAUCUUAUCUUACAGUCUGUAUUGAAAAUGUCUUUCUCUUCUUUUUAUAUAAAUAUCGUUAGGUUAAGCAUAUGGUCAGUGAUUCAAAUGUUUUAAUGUUUAGUGCCCAGCAAAGAACUGCCUUAAAAAAAAAAAAAUAGUUCAUGUUGGCCAUGGGGAAAGGGUUUGAUAUGCAGAAACAAAAUCCUCAGGAAAUUAAAUAAUUUACAAGCAUUUGUAAUACUUUUUAGUAUUACAAAAAAGUAGGAUUACACAAAAAUCUGGCUGAUUUAAUUAGUAUUUUGUCACAUUUUAAAUGAAAGUUUUUAUAAAAGUUGUUUUUAAAGGUUUUUGAAAUCCAAUAAUUAAAUCAUCCCUUAUAAAAUAUUUGAAAUUCAUAUUUUAUUACAUUUUUCUAACAUUCUUAUUCAUUUGUGUAAUUUGUAGUUUUUACUUGGUCAUAUAAAUGUUUAAUAUUUCAUCUACAUGUGAAUUACCACAUUUUGUGUAUGGCUUUAAUUCCUACUUUUUAAAAAAUCAGCAUUUCAGAAUUGUUAUAUGGCAUUCUGAGGAUGAAACAGAAAAAUAGUAAUUCUUAGCCACUAUAGGCCAAACAUCUGCAAAUUCUGAUUCUGUCAGCAUCUUCCAUGUUAAGUUCCAAGAAACAGUCCAACCGUCAUCAGACCCAUUCUUCACACACGAUCACAUUAAUAGAAUAAUAGAUGUUACCCUUUAGGUUCAAUUCUUAUUAAUAUGAUAUACAGAAUAUGAAUAAUACUGUUUUGUUAAUAACCUGACAGAGGCCGAAGAAAGUUAAGUGUUUGGGCUUUGAUACCUGAAACUUGUGAUUUGCAGGUUCAAAAGCCAUCAUUUAUAUACACAGUUUCAGUUGAAGCUCAAAAACUAUCAACUAUACUUUAUGGUUAGUGAACAUUUAUGCCUUUUUGAUAAAUGAUAAAAAGAUCUUAAUCCCAACGAUUGCAUAUUAAAAAAAGUUAAGAUGAUUCCAUAGGAGGUUGAGGCAGAAGGGUUGCUUGAGCCCAGGAGUUUGAUUUGGCAAGACCUGGUCUCUAAUUUUUUUAAAAGAUGAUUCCAAAUGAUGUCUAAGAGUGAAAGUGAAUGCCAAGCACAGACCCUUUCAUCUCCAUAUAGAGAAUAAACAUGGGACAAGGUGACAAGGAUUUUUGGCUAACAGCAACCACUGUUGCUUUGAUAGACACAUACAAGCCCUUUCUAACAUUAGCAAAUCAUAAAAAUCCACAAAGUAAAAAUCUCAGUUGCGAACUUCAAACAAUACUUCUGUUUUACAAGAAUUUAUUAACCAAAAAAACAAUUGAACAAUCAAAUUGAAGUGAACCAUGGGACUCAAAAACAUCUUAAGUUGCAAAAUCAAUACAUAGUGGAAAAUCCAAUGACAUUUAAAAAUGUAAGAUUAAUUCUUUUCAUUGAGUUCCUCUACUUGCAUUUGCAAAUAGAGAGAAUGGCGCACCUGUUUCAGGGAUUCUUUAGCCUGUCAUGGGAAAAAGAAAAAGCAUGUGGUCAGAAAGAAUGAGAAACAUACUAACAUUACUGCUUGAGAGGAAUUCUAUAAACUUAACAUCUCCUUACAGCAAUAAAAUAUUAAAACUA